AUGGGCUUAUUCAGGCGAAUGUUCCAGGCCCUCCAGGUGCCUACAGAGCCUGGUUUGACCACAGCGGAGCUGAUGCUAACGAAUGAUGACUUGAAACCAGUGGAACGGGAGAGGCGACAGUGGAAAUGGCUUAACUUCGUGGCUUUCUGGAUUGCCGAUUCAUUCAACGUGCUGCGGCAGAAUACAUGGAUGAUCUCGUCGGCCAUGAUAGUGGACGGUCUGUCGUGGUGGCAGUCCUGGCUCUGCGUGUGGUUUGGCUACGGUAUUGCGGCGGUCUUUGUCGUUGCCAUGGGCCGCGUUGCAACUAUUUACCAUGUACCUUUUGCAGUGGCUAACAGGGCCUCCUUUGGGGUUUGGGGAUCCUUUUGGCCUGUCUUGAAUCGGGCGGCGAUGGCCGUGAUCUGGUACGGUGUUCAGACAUACCUCGGUGGUCAAUGCGUCACCUUGAUGAUCGAAGCAAUCUGGCCCAGCUAUAAGAACAUCCCCAACAACAUCCCCGCCAGCUCAGGCGUGACGACCAUGGAGUUCACCAGCUUCUUCCUGUUCUGGCUGGGCUCCCUGCCUGCCCUAUGGUUCCCCAUCUACAAGAUCCGACAUCUCUUCACCGUCAAGGCAUACUUCUCUCCAGCAUGCGGCAUUGCAUUCUUCGCGUGGGCAAUCGUCCGGGCGCACGGCAUGGGCCCUAUCAUCGACCAGCCCAAUACAGCUCAUGGAAGCCAGCUCGCCUGGGCAGUCGUGAAGAGCAUCAUGAACUGCAUUGCAAACUUCGCAGCCCUGAUCAUUAACAAUCCCGACUUCAGUCGGUAUGCGCGACAUCCGAAAGACGCUACCUGGUCGCAGAUCGUCACGAUCCCUGUUGGAUUCGCAGUAACUUCGUUUAUUGGAAUCGUGGUCACCUCGUCAUCCAGUGUGAUCUUCGGCAAGGCAGUAUGGAACCCUCUCAUCCUGAUGGAAAUGUUCCUAGAAGACGCCAGCUCCGCGGAACGAUUCGGUAUCUUCGUUAUUGCUGCUGGGUUUGCCCUUGCACAGCUGGGAACGAAUAUCGCAGCGAAUUCGGUGUCCGCUGGAACUAAUCUCUCUGCACUACUCCCUCGAUUCUGCAAUAUUCGUCGUGGAGCAUAUGUCUGUGCAGCAGUCGGCCUUGCCAUGUGUCCGUGGACGCUGGUCGCCUCGUCCAAUAAGUUCACCGUAUACCUCUCCUCCUACUCCGUCUUCCUCUCCUCCAUCGCCGGCGUCAUGGUCAGCGACUACUACCUAGUCCGCAAAGGCUACCUAGACCUACCAGCCCUGUACAGCGCCGACAAGAACGGGCCCUACUACGGACACUGGGGCAUCUCCUGGCGCGGAUAUACAGCAUACAUCUGCGGGAUCAUGAUCAACGUAGUCGGAUUCGCCGGAGCCGUGGGGGCCGACGUGCCCAUCGGCGCAGAAUACAUCUACAACAUCAACUACUUCUCCGGGUUUAUCGUGGCGGCGGCUAUAUACUGGGCGUUGGCGCGGUCCUUUCCCGUGCCCGCAAUGAGCGAGGUCUGGAAUGAGAUUCCCUAUACGGGCGGGUCGAUGCAUGUUACCGAGGGAAAGGACGUUGCCGAGGCAGAGGAGGUAGAGGAAGCUGAAAAACAGGUCUAG